UUGAUGUUGAUAAGAAGUUGUGAAGGAGGGGAAACGUCCUCCACUAAACACACCGAGACAGCAGCAGCAACGAGGAACGAACAAGAAGCUUCUUCUCCCUGACAUGACGGUGUGAAGAGUCUGUAAGCUGAUCUGAACUCAGUCUAACAGGUGGGGGCUAUGGAUCAGAGAGAGGACAGAGAGGAGGAAGCCCCUCCCUCUAAAACCACACGGUUUGGGAAACAUGAAGGCCAGACCACAACUCUGAGCCCAAGUCAGCUCAGACCAGACUCUUGUGGACCUGGAUCUGCUCUCAGCUGUGUGUCCCUCAGCAGUGACUGGUCCAUGGAUAACCCUCUUUACUUUAAGGAUGGUCUCCAGUCUACAGUAAAAAGCCCAGGUCAGCUCAGACCAGACUCUCCUGGACCUGGAUCUGCUCCCAGCGGUGUGUCCCUCAGCAGUAACUUGUCCAUGGAUCAACCUCUUUACUUUAAGGAUGGUCUCCAGUCUACAGUAAAAAGCCCAAGUCAACUCAGACCAGACUCUCCUGGACCUGGAUCUGCACCCAGCGGUGUGUCCCUCAGCAGUAACUUGUCCAUGGAUCAACCUCUUUAUUUUAAGGAUGGUCUCCAGUCUACAGUAAAAAGCCCAAGCCAGCUCAGACCAGACUCUUCUGGAUAUGGAUCUGCUCCCAGCGGUGUGUCCUUCAGCAGUGACCGGUCCAAAGAUGAACCACUUAAGUUUAAAGCUGGUCUCCAGUCUACAGUAAAAAGUGUUCAGCAGCAGAUAUCAGAGGUUCCCACUGGUGUGUCUGCCAUGCAGCAUCAAGCACAGCUGGACUCCAUAUUUACGAUGCUUGAGGAGAACAUCGUCUUGUUUGUGAAGAGUGAGUUGAAGAAGAUCCAGAGAUCUCUGAGUCCAGAUUACCCAGAAUACUUAGAGAGUCAGAGGGAGGGUGAGGAGGUGUUGGAUGGUGAGGAAGAGGAGCAGAGGAGGAGCAGCAGGGAGGCGUUUCUGAAAAUAACUAUGAACUUCCUGAGGAGAAUGAAGCAGGAGGAGCUGGCUGACUGUCUAAGUGAUGGAGAGAGGAAAUGGAGACAACAUGGGACAGGAACUAGUUCUUCAGACUGCCCAAGUAAACUCAAGUCUAACCUGAAGAGGAAGUUCCAGUGUGUGUUUGAGGGGAUUGCUAAAGCAGGAAACCCAACCCUUCUGAAUCAGAUCUACACAGAGCUCUACAUCACAGAGGGAGGGACUGGAGAGGUCAACGAUGAACACGAGGUCAGACAGAUUGAAACAACAUUCAGGAAAUCGUACAGACCAGAAACAACCAUCAGACAAGAAGACAUCUUUAGAGGCAUACCUGGAAGAGAUGAACCAAUCAGAACAGUGAUGACAAAGGGCGUAGCUGGCAUAGGGAAAACAGUCUUAACACAGAAGUUCACUCUGGACUGGGCUGAAGGCAAAGCCAACCAGGACAUCCAGUUCACAUUCCCAUUCACUUUCAGAGAGCUCAAUUUGCUGAAAGAGAAAAAGUUCAGCUUGGUGGAGCUUGUUCGUCACUUCUUCACUGAAACCAAAGAAGCAGGACUCUGCAGGUUUGAAGAGUUCCAGGUGGUGUUCAUCUUUGAUGGUCUGGAUGAGUGUCGACUUCCUCUGGACUUCCACAACAACCAGAUCCUGACUGAUGUUCAAGAGUCCACCUCAGUGGAUGUGCUGCUGACGAACCUCAUCAAGGGGAACCUGCUUCCAUCUGCUCACCUCUGGAUAACCUCACGACCUGCAGCAGCCAAUCAGAUCCCUCCUGAGUGUGUUGACAUGGUGACAGAGGUCAGAGGGUUCAGGGACACUCAGAAGGUGGAGUACUUCAGGAAGAGAUUCAGAGAUGAGGAGCAGGCCAGCAGAAUCAUCUCCCACAUCAAGAUAUCCAGAAGCCUCCACAUCAUGUGCCACAUCCCAGUCUUCUGCUGGAUCACUGCUACAGUCCUGGAGGAUGUGCUGAAGACCAGAGAGGGAGGAGAGCUGCCCAGGACCCUUACUGAGAUGUACAUCCACUUCCUGGUGGUUCAGACCAAAGUGAAGAACAUCAAGUAUGAUGGAGGAGCUGAGACUGAUCCACACUGGAGUCCAGAGAGCAGGAAGAUGAUUGAGUCUCUGGGAAAACUGGCUUUUGAGCAGCUGCAGAAAGGAAACCUGAUCUUCUAUGAACCAGACCUGAUGGAGUGUGGCAUCGAUAUCAAAGAAGCCUCGGUGUACUCAGGAGUGUUCACACUGAUCUUUAGAGAGGAGAGAGGACUGUACCAGGACAAGGUGUUCUGCUUCAUCCAUCUGAGCGUUCAGGAGUUUCUGGCUGCUCUUCAUGUCCAUCAGACCUUCACCAACUCUGGAGUCAACCUGAUGGCAAACGAACAAACUCCAUCACUGACCCCUAAAAGAGUUAGUUACAACAAUAAGCUGAACCAUCUCCAUCAGAGUGCUGUGGACCAGGCUUUGAAGAGUCCAAAUGGACACCUUGACUUGUUCCUCCGUUUCCUCCUGGGUCUUUCACUGCAGACCAACCAGCAUCUUCUCCGAGGUCUGCUGACAUCGAUGGGAAGGACCUUAGAGACCAACCAGGAAACAGUCAAGUUCAUCGAGUUAAAGAUCAAUGAGAGUGUGUCUGCAGAGAAAAGCAUCAAUCUGUUCCACUGUCUGAAUGAACUGAAUGAUCGUUUUCUGGUGGAGAAGGUCCAAGAGUCCCUGACAUCAGGAAGUCUCUCCAUACAUGAACUAUCUCCUGCUCAUUGGUCAGCUCUGGUCUUCAUCCUACUGUCAUCAGAAAAAGAUCUGGAGGUGUUUGACCUGAGGAAAUAUUCUGCUUCAGAGGAGGCUCUUCUGAAGCUGCUGCCAGUGGUCAAAGCCCCCAAAAAAGCUCAGUUGAGUGGAUGUAAUCUGUCAGAGAGAAGCUGUGAAGCUCUGUCUUCAGUCCUCAGCUCUCAGUCCUCCAGUCUGAGAGAGCUGGACCUGAGUGACAACGACCUGAAGGAUUCAGGAGUGAAACUGCUUUGUGUUGGACUGGAGAGUCCACACUGCAAACUGCAAGCUCUGAGGUUCAUUGGAUGUAACCUGUCAGAGGGAAGCUGUGAAGCUCUGUCUUCAGUCCUCAGCUCCCAGUCCUCCAGUCUGAGAGAGCUGGACUUGAGUGACAACAACCUGAAGGAUUUAGGAGUGAAGCUGCUGUGUGCUGGACUGGAGAGUCCACACUGCAGACUGAAAGCUCUAAGUCUGUCAGGCUGUCUGAUCACAGAGGAAGGCUGUUCUUCUCUGGCUUCAGCUCUGAACUCCAACCCCUCCCAUCUGAUAGAGCUGGAUCUGAGCUACAACCAUCCAGGAGACCCAGGAGUUCAGCUUCUUUCUUCUGGACUAGAGAAUCCACUCUGGAGACUGAAAACCCUCAGGAUGGACCACAGUGGAGAGCUGAGGUUAAAACCUGGUGUGAAGAAGUAUUUCUGUGAACUCACACUGGACCUAAACACGAUACACAGACAGCUCAAACUGUCUGAAGACAACAGGGAGGUGACACGUGUGAAGGAGAAUCAGCCAUAUCCUGAUCAUCCAGACAGAUUUGACACCUGGCAUCAGCUGCUUUGCAAUGAUGGUCUGACUGGUCGCUGUUACUGGGAGGUGGAGUGGAGAGGACAAGUUUCUGUAACAGUGAGUUACAGAGGAAUCAGGAGGAAAGGAUGCAGUCAAGAGUAUCUGUUUGGACAGAAUGAUCACUCCUGGAGGCUGAUCUGCUCUGAUAAAGAUGUUUCUGUCCGUCACAAAGACAUAGAAAUAGACCUCCCUCUCUGCUGGCCCUCCUCCUCUGGUAGAGUAGCAGUGUAUUUGGACCAUCCUGCUGGCUCUCUGUCCUUCUACAGAGUCUCCUCUGACACUCUGAUCCACCUCUACACCUACAACACCACAUUCACUCAACCUCUCUAUCCUGGGUUUGGGUUCUGGCCUGGUUCCUCAGUGUCUCUCUGUUCUCUGUAGAAAGAAGAGUCUCCUCUUCUCUCUAGAAACACAACAAGAACAGAAAUACCUGAUUACUUUUCCUGCUGGAUUGGAGCAGAUUGGACUCAAGAUCUCUUAACUGCUGUUAUCAAAGCUUUAUGCAACAAAAUAUUUUCAGAUUUGGAUGAGCUACAGACAAUGUAGCACAACUGUAUGUGUCUUGUUCUAAUAGCUGGAAUACAAAGUUACUAUUUCCACUCAAAAUCUUCCAUGGACCAACAGUGCCGUCUACUGCCCUGUGGAACAGUUACAAUGUUCCAGCGUUCCAAUCCUAAAUAUAUGCAUUUAUUUAUUCAUUUUGUUAUUUGAUUUGAAAAUGUGGAACAAAAUCUAUUUUGUUAUAUGAUAGUUUGUGUAAAUGCUAUGUCAUUCCUUUAUUUCUUAAUGCCUUUUUGGCCUUAUAUAAACUGUAUCAGUUGGUGAUGUGACUGUUAAGAAUCAACCACAAUUAAGAUGGUUGAGUUAUCCCAUGAACUGAAAUGCAUUGUUACUGUAAAGUUUUAUUUCAUGACUUGAAAUGAAGUGGUUCCUCAUAUGGACUGGGAUAAUGUUUAUCCAAUGAAGGGUGAAAUAUGGUAUUCUUUAUUUUGGCCUCCCUGGGAGGAACGAAAAAACUCGCCCCUCCCAGAAAAACAAACAGUGCUUUCAAGCAUUUAAAUCUCUUUUUGCUUUUCGUUUUUCCUAUUUCUAGCUUUUCUUUUUCAGUAGUUAAUGUUUUUGCUUUUUGCUUCAAUCCUUAGUUCUUUUUCCUUUUUUGUCUUAGUUUUGUUUUGUCAAAUCUGUUAAUACUUUUUUUGGUUUGAACCCUGCAUGUCCAGACUUCACAGCUGAGUUUACCUGCCAGUUAAAUUCUUCAGGUAACCCUCAGAAGUGUCAUUGGCUGGCCAGAGACAUUAUUUUUGAUGGUUAUUUGGGUGAAUUGAGGAUUUUUGGAACUGGACAAGUCGGCCCGAAUCAGUAGAGAGAAAAGAUUGCCGUGUCAGACCGUUACCUGGAGGGAUCCACUAAGCACCGUACAACUUUGCAGAUCUGAUCAUCUCCUUAACAACUGAAUCCAUUAUUUCGGGCAGCUGAUCCAGGCGGUACACACAGAUCCUGCUCUUUCAGCUAGACAGUUCAUCUCCAGGACCCCAUCCCUCUACGUCAAAAGUAGGGGAUUCAUGUCUCCUUAAGAACGACUUGAUGUGUUUCACUCUGGUUCCAUCUCCGCUUAUCCGAGAUCGGGUCGCGGGGGCAGCAGCCUAAGCAGGGAAUCUCAGACUUCCCUCUCUCCGGCCACUUUGUCCAGCUCUUCCCAGGGGAUCCCGAGGCAUUCCCAGGCCAGCGGAGCG